AUGACAAUCCCGGACGACAUGCGGGACACGCAAACAGCCGUAUACGUGGGCGCGUUCAACGACGAAAGCAUCGAGGCACUUUGCCAAGACCCAGCUACUGUGUCCAUGUACGCGGCCGUGGGCACCAAAAGGACCAUGCUGGCCAAUCGGGUGUCCUAUGUGUUCAACUUUCACGGGCCGAGCCUGUCGUUGGACACGGCGUGCUCGUCGAGUCUGGUCGCCGCGCAGAUCGCCUACUCAGGCAUACGGGCGGGUGAUUUCGACGCCGCUAUAGUGGCCGGCGUUAACAUUGCGAUCAAACCGUUGAUAACGGCUGAGUUCGCGAAGUUAGGAAUGCUGUCACCCGUUGGCCGCUGUAAAUAUCUGGACGCGUCGGCCGACGGCUACGUCCGGUCGGAGACGGUGUCCGUCGCUCUCCUGCAACGGCGUCGCGACGCCCGACGCGUUUACGCCACUGUUAUUCACUCCAAAGUCAAUUCCGAUGGCUAUAAAGUGGAGGGACAGACGUUUCCGUCGCCGAAGACACAGUUGAGUCUAAUUAUGGCCACUUUGAAAGAGUCGGAAGUGAACCCCAAUUGGAUUCGUUACGUGGAAGCGCACGGAACCGGCACUCAGGCCGGCGAUCGUAACGAGACGAUGGGUAUUGUGCAGGCGUUUUGCGCCGACCGGUCGGAGCCGUUGCUCGUCGGCAGUGUUAAGUCCAACUUAGGUCACAGCGAAUCGGCCGCCGGUAUGAAUCAAUUGGCAAAACUGGUGAUUACAAUGGAAAAUCGUAAGAUUCCGGCCAUCUAUGGUCUCAAAACGCCAAACCCGGCGAUCGAGCCGUUAAUGAAGGGCCAAAUCAAACCCGUGACCGAAAACACACCUUUCGAGGACUGUGUGGUUGCCAUCAACUCCUUCGGCUUCGGCGGCACAAACGCUCAUAUGUUGAUCCGACCCAAUACACGACCGGCCACUCCGGUGCCCAACAAUGGCUACCGAGAGAUCCCGCGACUGGUUUUAACGAAUGGUCGAACGGAAGAGAGUGUCGACUAUAUUAUGGACUUUAUUGAGAAUAACAGUCCGAAAGCGAGCGACGAUUUUCUGGCGCUUCUCAACGAAGUGAAGGCAACCGAUGGCAUGGAUUGGAGGGGAUAUCUGGCCCGAGACGUGAAGAGCAAAAACUACGUACAGUUGCGGCGAAAUACGUCCAAAAUCUCAUCUAAACGACAAGUUUGGUUGGUAUGUAAUGGAAUGGGUGCUCAGUGGCUAUCGAUGGGCAAACAGAUGAUGGAAAUCGAUAUCUUCAGAAAGUCUAUUGAGAAGUCGGCGGAGAUUAUUAGGCCGUAUGGCAUAGACCUCAUGCAACUGGUUCUGGGAGACGAUCCCAAUCUCUUUGCACCCAUCUCUUCGUCGUCCACAUCGUUGAUAGCCAUUCAGAUAGCGCUCAUCGAUCUGUUGAAAGCGCUGGGCGUCGAAGCGGACGGCUAUUUUGGCCACUCGGCCGGCGAAAUGGGAUGCGGUUAUAUCAACGGCGUGUUAACGCAGGAGGAGUUCAUUAUGAUUGGCUACAAUCGACGGUGCGUUCAGGACCUGCGAGGGCUGAUGGCGGCGGUGGGCAUGUCGUGGGAUGAGGUGAAGAAACGGUGUCCACCGGGCGUUGAGGCCGCGUGUCAUAACUCGCCCAACUCUGUGACCGUAUCGGGCGAUGAGGAGGCGGUCGCCAGGUUUGUGGCCGAACUCAAAGCGGAAAACGUGUUCACAAAAGUGGUCAACAGCUCUAACAUACCGUUUCACAGCUCGAUAGUGAAGAAUAUGUACAGCACUUUACUCGACAGAUACCGCACAGUCAUCGCCGACAAGCGAUUGAGAAGCGAUAAGUGGAUCAGCACUUCGAUACCGGCUGACAAGUGGGCCGAAGACGAGUGCAAAUACUCGUCGGCCGAGUAUUACGUGAAUAAUUUGGUGGAACCGGUGCUCUUCAAAGAGGCGCUGGAUCUGGUGCCAGAGGACGCGGUCAUCAUAGAGAUUGGUGCCGAUUCUGUGUUUAGAAAUUUGAUCAAGCAGAACUACCCGUCCCUACAAUACGUGGGUUUAAUGAAACGCAACGAUACCGACAGUUUGGCCAACUUUUUGGCCGCAAUCGGAGAGCUCUAUAAUCUCGGACUCAACCCUCGGGUCGAGAAUCUGUACCCAAAAGUGACGUUUCCCGUGGAGAGGGGCACACAGUCGUUGAGUUCGCUAAUCAAAUGGGACCACUCGGACGACUAUCUCGUGCCGCUAUAUCCGGAUUACUUUAAUCCCAGGACUGGCGACGAGAUUAACAUUUCUAUUGAUUUCAAACUCGAAGAAAAUCAGUUUUAUUUCGGACACGUUAUCGACGGUCGAGUGUUAUUCCCGGCCACCGGUUAUCUGUAUAUUGUGUGGCAAGAGUUGGCCAAACAGUCGUCGAUUCCGGUCACAGAAUUGCCGGUAAUCUUUGCAAACGUCCACUUUUUGAGGGCAACUAUUAUCAAAGAGAACACAGUUUUGACGUUUAAAUUUCAUUAUUCAAAACUUAACGGAGAGUUCUGUAUAUAUAAUGACAAUCAGCUGACAGUUUCGGGCCGUAUGUCUACUCCCGACAAAUAUAACCAAUUCUUACCUCUCGGCCAAAACUUUGACUCUCUUAUGGACCGCAAAAACCAGAACUAUAGCCUAAACAAAGCCGAUGUUUACAAAGAGCUCCGGAUUAGAGGCUAUGAAUAUAAGGAUUUGUUUCAAUCGAUAACAUCGGUUGAUGUGAAGAAAAAUACGGCAAAAGUGGAGAACCGGACCAAUUGGGUGACAUUUGCUGACGCUAUGCUUCACUUCGCACUUUUGAGCGUUAAUACAAGAGAUCUGGUUUUACCGACGAGUAUUGAUGUCAUUCAUUGCGAUCCCCGUAUAUUCAAAGCUAACGCUGGCGAAGAUAUUUUGGAAAUAUUUGCGGAUCCGAUGGGAGACUAUUGCAUAACCAGAGGACUAGAGAUCUACGGCUUUAAUGUGAAUCGUAUUGAUAGACGAAAACAAAGCGAAGAGUUAUGUCUCGAAAAGUAUGUCUUUAUUCCCUAUUUUGAGAAAAAUGCUCUCAAAGAAGAUAUGGAAGUAUUGGUUGAAACUUAUGUCUCAAUUCUCGAUGAUAUGAUAACUAAUGGUCUGAACGGAAACAAAACUAAAUUAACAAAUAAAUUAAAUAAUUUGUUGGCAAUCAAUGAAUUGAGUGAUGAUAUGCUUGUGUUGAAGGAUAUUAUUGAAGAGAAAUUAAAUAAUAACACAAAAAGCGAUUCAAAUAUUCUGGAGACAGAAGAUGGUAGAAAGUUGUGCUCAGAUCUGAUAAACAAUACUUAUUUGAAUGAAUAUCUGUUGAGACCAGCAGUGGAUCUGAUUCUUGAAAAUAAUAACUCGUUUCACACGAGAAAAGAGUUUAAUGUAUUAGAAAUCAAUUUCAGUGAAGAGGUUUGCUAUCAAUCGGUUGUGGAUUAUCUAAAGGACUCGUUUUAUAAUUUGAAAAUCAAGUAUUCAUUGUAUAGCCCGACAAAUACCAAAAGUCAAGAUUCAAUGCCAUAUAAUAUGGUUAAUAUAGACUUCUUAAACGAGAAGACUAGUGGCAAAGGAAAUAGCAUUGAUUUGAUUGUCUUAAGGGAUGGAUAUCCGCAACAAAGCAAUGGUGUUAUAAAUUAUGAGAAAGUGUUUGAAUACAUUCAUUCAAAUCUCAAUACAAAUGGCUUUUUAUUAAUAUUAAUGAGAAAUGAUUACACAUUACCGGAGAAACACUUGUUUGACAGGUUUGGCAUUAAAUACAACGACAAAAUGAAAGACAAUCAAAUAUUGACAUCAAUGGCCAAUAAGAGUGGUCUCUCUUUGAUUAGCAAUAGAACUGAUCCAAAGACGUGUUCCUCUGUAUUACUGAUGAGGAAUGUAGAGAAGAAUAGACAGACCAAUGAUAUUGUCUUACGGAUGACUGAAUCCGUAUACGAUCCAUGGUUUCAGACAUUAAAGACAGAGCUUUCAAAAGAUUCAAAAACAGAUUCAGAGAGUAUUGUUUGGUUGAUAUGUGACCACAAGAAGCCCAACGGAAUCGUCGGUUUUGUCAAUUGUUUGCGUAAAGAACUGAAUGGCCAUCGGAUCCGAUGUAUAUCUGAUGAAAAUAUAUACAACUCGAGCGCUCCCUUUGAAGCCAUUCGUGACAAUAAUCUUGUAAUGAAUAUUAGAAAAGACUCGGACUUUGGUUCCUAUCGUUUUAUUGAUUUAAAUGAGGUUCGCUUGACUACCGGUGCUAUCAAACACGCCAUGGCUUUGAGACCCAAAUCGAAAGACAUUUCAAUUGAUAAAUGGAUUGAAUGCAAACACAAUUCAUUGCCAAAACAAACCCAAAAUAUAAUUGUUAACGUGUUUUGUGCCGGACUUACACCUUAUGAUAUCAAACGCUUUAAAACCGAAACCAUUAAAUCGGUUCAAAUGCCACCGGAAUUGGGUUUGUGUUCACAAUUCAGUGGUUGCGAUGAGUUUGGCAACAGAUUUAUGGGCAUUAAAUCCGGCGAAUGUCUGUCCACUUCAUUGGCUUUCAAUAAUCUAAACGAAAUAAUUUCAAUUCCCAACCACUGGUCACUGGAGAGCGCCUGUACUGUACCCCUCGCCUAUGGGUCAGCCUAUUUGGCACUCAUUAUAAACGCCAGACUCGAUCGCACGGACUCUGUGCUCAUCCAUUGCGCCGAUGGGGCGGUCGGAAGGGCCGCUCUCGCCAUCUCUCUGUCCAUCGGUUGCGAAAUUUAUGCGACGGUUAAUAAUCUGAAUGCGAGACACAAUCUGUUGAACGACUUCCCAGAGUUGGACGACACAAAAGUGAUCAACACUUCAAUGGAUUGUUUCAAACAACAGGUCUGCGAGAGAACGGGCGGAAAGGGAGUCGACAUUGUCUUCAAUUAUACGCAGGAAUAUAGGACUGAAUUGAGUGCUAAUUGUUUGAAACCUAAUGGAAAAUAUUUAUCCAUUGAAUAUCAUAGCAAUAAUGCAUUAAAUAAAGCCGUUACGUGUGAUAAAAAUAUAGCCGUAUUUCACAUAAAUGUAAAACAAGUCUUUAGCCAAACAAAUGACGAUUUGUUGAAAUACAAAGUCUUGGAUCUGAUAAGAGAGGGAAUCGCGAAGAAUGUCGUCAAACCAUUUAAUGGUAAACCAGUAAACGCUGUCCACAACACGACUUUCCCCGACGACCGCACGUAUGUCUUGACGGGAGGUUUGGGAGGCUUUGGUCUGGAGUUAGCCCAUUGGUUGGUCGAGAGGGGGGCCAAACAUAUAGCGCUCACAUCGAGAAGUGGUCUCAAAAACAAAUACCAAGAGUUUUGCGUAAACCAGUUAAAGACUUUGGGAGCAAAUGUUAUGAUCAGCACUUUGAACGCUUCCGAUCCCAAAGAGUGCGAACAAUUGAUGGCCGGGUGCGAGAAGGAGGCGCCGGUGGCCGGCAUUUUUUGUUUGGCAAUGGUUUUGAGCGAUGGAUUGUUUACCAAUCAAACCGAAAAGUCAAUGCAAAAAGUCUUUGAGCCCAAAAUCGAUGCCAUCAAAAAUUUGGACACAAUUUCGCGCAAACUUUGCCCUCAUUUGCAAUAUUUUGUCGCAUUUUCUUCGGUGUCCGGCGGCCGCGGAAAUGCCGGUCAAACCAACUACGGGUUGGCCAACGUAUACAUGCAAGAGGUGUGUGAGAGUCGUCGCCGACAGGGACUGCACGGUCUGGCCAUACAAUGGGGUGCCAUCGCAGACGUCGGCGUCGUUACCGAACACUUCUCGCCAGAUGUGCAGUCCAUCGGCGCAACGGUUCCCCAACGGAUCCAUUCGUGUCUAUCAUUGAUGAACCACUUUCUCCGAUCCGACGAUACGGUUGUCAGCAGUUUAUUGAGAUUUGAAAUGAAAAAACCGAUGGAUAGCACCGCUAAGAGAGACGGUGUCUCUGAUGUUGUUUGGCUUAUUGGCAAUAUUCUGGGUGUAAGGGAUCCGUCAAAGAUCAGGCCUAUGGCCAAACUGCCCGAACUCGGUAUGGAUUCACUUAUGGUUGUAAACAUCAAACAGGCGUUGGAAUCGGAGUUUGAGGUCGAGCUUGAGUUACAACAGUUAACCACACUUACCAUCGGAGAGAUUAAUAAAUUGUGCGAUAAAAGUGGCAAAUAAUUUGCAUAACAAUAUUAAUAUAACAAUUGCAUAACAAUUAUAAAACACACAAAACUCUAAUAAUAUAACAAUUAUAAAAAUAUAUAUAAUUCA